AUGGCUGCAGUUACGGACAAUGCGAGCUCGUUGAGCACUGGAACCAAGGAAGAUGGUGUUCAAACCCAAGUGAAGGCGGACAACGGCUCCUCAUCAUCAGUUAAUUAUGUGAGUGAUAGUAGUGCCAGAGACGAUAGUGUCGAUGUGGCUUUACUUUUUUUGAAAGAAAACCAUGCCAAGGAAGUUGUUGUUGAUGAAGAUGAGGACUUGACCACUGAGGAGAAGAGGAAAAAGGCAAUUUUUUAUGGUCAAAGUGAUUUGCCUCCAAAGGUGUUGAGAAAAUUGGAUUUUUUCGUCUUACCUUUCCUAUGUUGUACUUAUUUGCUUAUGUUCCUCGACAAGGCAUUGCUGAAUUAUGCCGCUUCCAUGGGGAUCAAACAACACUUGAAAGGUGAUGAAUUUUCAAAUUUAAGUACCAUUUUUGGAGCUUCUUAUAUCUUCAUGGAACCCAUUGUCACUUAUUUGAUUCAGAGGUUCCCAAUUUCCAAAGUCAUGUCAAGUUUUAUCAUCUGUUGGGGUAUAGUGCUCACAUGUCAUUCCGCAUGUAAGACCUAUGCAUCGUUAAUGAUUGUUCGUACUUUACUUGGUGCUUUUGAAUCUGCUAGUGCUGUCGGAUGUAUUGCCGUGAGUGGUAUGUACUAUACAAAGUCCGAGCAGAGUGCGAGAAUUGGGUUUUGGGCAGCUCAGGCCGGUACAGGAUAUAUCGUUGGUGGUUUGAUCUCAUUCGGUUUCUUGCACUACCACGGUAAAGAGUUUACUUCGUGGCAAAUCAUGUUUUUGGUCGUCGGAUUGGUCACUGUGGCCUUUGGUAUCGUCACAUUUCUAUAUUUGCCAGAUAACGUUACCAAUGCAUGGUUCUUGAACCGUGAGGAAAAAGUUGCAGUGGUUAAGCACAUCAGGGAUAAUCAAACCGGUAUCGAGAACAAAAAAUUUAAGAAACAUCAUGUCAAAGAGCUGGUCUGGUACGAUAAAUUGACUUGGCCAAUGUUGGCAAUCACUGCUUGCUCUCAAAUCUCCACUGGUUCCAUUGGUACUUUUUCUGUCACAAUAACGCAAACCUUCGGUUUCGACAGUAAGGAAACUUCUUUACUACAAUUACCUAUUGGUGCAAUUACUAUUAUGAUCAUCAUUAUUACUACCCAAAUGAUCUCCCGUUGGAAUUACUUCACUUUAGUCACAACUUCCAUGUACAUCCCAGCAAUCAUCGGUUGUAUAGUCAUGCUGUGUUUGCCUCUUUCGAACAAAGUUGGUAAUCUGCUCGCCUUGUACCUACUAUACAGUGGUUCCUGUGUUAUCACGAACAUUUACAUUUGGAAUUCCUGUAACACUUCAGGUUAUUGCAAAAGAAUUGUUAGAAACGCACUUACGAUGAUCGUUUACAAUGUGGCAUGUAUUGUUGCUCCCCAGAUGUUUAGAGCAUAUUCGGCUCCAAGAUACAUCCCAGCUAAGAUUACUCUUCUGGUUACUCAAUGCGUCUGUGUGCCACUACAACUAUACGUGGGAUAUUUGAGCAGGAAAGAGAACAUGAAGAGAGACAAGGAGCAGGAAGGUCAAGCACCCGAAAAAUAUCAAUUUUUGGAUUUGACAGAUAUUGAAAAUAGAAGCUUCAGAUAUGUGUACUAG